AUUGGUUGUAAAGUAUGGCGACGUGGCAUUGAUUUUGAGACAAUUUUGACGGGAAAUUCACUCGCAAUCUGGCUUCUGAACUAUAAAUGUGGUCAAUUUAUUGAAAGGGGAGAACCAUGGGAUUGUGUAAAUGUCCUAAGAAGAAGGUCACGACACAGUUUUGCUUCGAACAUCGCGUUAACGUCUGCGAACAUUGUCUGGUUUCAAAUCACCCUAAAGUAAGCUAUCUAAGCUUUGUGUUUUGAAUGUUGUGCGAUGUUUAUUUUACAGGUCUUUUAUCCACCAUCAGUCGUAACAAUUGCAGUUGGAAUGAUAUGCUAUGUAAUGGAUUUUAUGCUCGUCAUGAUGCAUUUUAAUGUUACAAUCAUGAUAUCAUGAUACAAUCCGUGUAUGAUGAAUGAUAAACAUGCAAAGACCGGGAAGAAGACUGCGGACUACAGACCCGGUGGGGGGUACUUUAGGAAUUUCUGGGUGGGGAUGUGCUGUUGGGACCCUGAAACCCUUAACCUAUACCAAAGCUAGUUCAGCUGAAUUUUGCUACCCUAUUCUAGAGUAAACUCCCGAAAUCCCCCCUAUCUAUAGAGUAGCUGUUUCCCUAGUCUAGGUAAAAUCCUCAACCAACUGAUCAGUUUCCUGAAAAAUGAUACCCUAUCCUAGAGUAAGCUGCUUGAAAACCAUACCCCUCACAGCAGCACAUACCUAUAUGACCCAUAUACGGCGGGUCCCCCCCCCAGGACUGCAGUCUGCAGACCAGGUGUAAAAUGCAGUCUGAGUGUAAAAUGAAGACUGCAGACUGAGAGUAAAAUGCAGGCUGGGUGCAAAAUGCAGAAUAAGGACUGCAGACUAGGGGUAAAAUACAGACCAAACAUAAACUGUAGUCGCAAUGGGUUUAAGGGCAAAAUAAAUCCUUCAAAUACAUGUAAACGAUCACUUACUUGCUUGUUACGUUCUUUCACAAAUCCAUUCCUUUGUUCUCUGGAAGGUCAUCGAUGACCUGAAAACAUAAUUGCAGUCUUCAACCUUUUUUCUGUCCUAGAUACCUCACGCUUCAACUUUAGAAAUGAAGUUUUCAAUACAUGUGACCAUGAAUAAUUGGUACAAUACUAGGGUAUUUAUGCUUAAAUAGUUGCUGACCCAAAAUACCGAACAGAAGGAAUAAUGGUGAUAAAAAAGGGAGUAAAUGAUUCCAACAACAAAGAAAGAUGUUCUGCAGUAAAUUUGGAUGAUCUUCUAUGAAAGUAUUGCAAAUCAAGGUACGCAGACUUCAGCUGGCGGGACAUUCAUUGAAACUUCUGGUGAAUGUGCAAUGUACUGCGACUAGGAAGUGAGGUGUGUAAAUGAUACCAGGUAGCCAUUUGGAGAAGAAGCAGCACAAAAUAAUGUUUAAAAAGUCUGUAGUCCACAGUCUGCAUACACUGACCAUCUUAAUUUAUGAGCUAUCUACAGUUUUGAUUCAAUCUCCGUGCAAGCAGAGUCUACUUUUUUCUUCUUUUUGAUUGUCUUCUUUUUAAUUGGUCUGAACUUCUGAACUAGUCAAUCCUGUUUCUUUUGCCAGACUGUCUUUUUGUGUGCUAACGUCUGUUUAAACACAUGCAUUUCAUAAAGUACAGUCAACUCCCGGUAACUCAAACCCUCUAUGACUCGAACCUCCCAUUAACUCAAAGUAAUUUUCAAUUCCCCUUAGAUCAUUUUCCAUACAAUUUUACCCUUGAUAACUCGAACUCCCGAUAACUCGAACUUUCUUCUAUUUCCCUUGAAGGUUUGAAUUAUCGGAAGUUGACUCAUCUAUCAAGAGGAAAUGCUUGUCUUGUGCAAGAAAAGAGACUAGAUUAGUAACUUACUCGUGGGCAAUAUUGUAGCUGGAUAAAGGCACAUGUACAUGUAGAUACUGGAGUAAAAAUAUUAACUUUAGCCUGGUUUGAAGGUGAAAUGCAACAAGGGACUCUGAAUCGUAAGCAUUCAGAGUUACAAUACCUAAUGUAUAUUUAUUACUUGUGUUUUUCCUUAGUGCAUAGUUAAGUCCUAUCUACACUGGCUUCAAGACAGUGAUUACAAUCCUGUAUGUACUCUUUGUAAUGGCAGUUUAGCAGAAGGAGAUGUCGUCAGAUUAAUUUGUUUUGGUAAGGCCAUACAUGUUACUUAUAUGUACAUUGAAGUUGAUUUUGUCCUAAUCCCAGGACGUUUGGAAUUUUAGGACCCUUUUGCUUGAAGACUGGUUAUAGUGCUCACCCAGGGUUAAAAUUUGAACCCAAUUUGAAUGGUAAUCAUUUUUAACAUUCCACUGCUCAAACAAACAUAAAUGUCAUGAGCAAAAAAUAACUUUGAUGGAAAAUUAAUGAUCAUCAAGUAAAAAUCUGAUCAUUAGAUAAAAUAAUUCUCAUCAUCAGUACUGUAGGUAAUGCACAGAGGACACUGGAAAGAAUAUGCUUUCUGAUACUAGAAUUUGAAGGGUUAAAGACAGCCUCUAGAUGUUACUUAAGGUUUUCAUACCUGCAUCUCUGAGGAAAGACUCAAUGACAUUUCAUAACCUUUAGUUAUUUGUUUCUAGGUAAGAAAAUUAUUGUUAUGGGACAGUAAAAAUAAUAGUGUUCCAUCAUCCCCUGGUAUACAAUGUACUGUGUUUAAAAGCUGAACACUAGUGCACCAGUAUCUAGUUUACGUACAUUAGCCUGAAUUCUAUUUUUUCUUCUUUAAUAUAGAUGUGUUUCACUGGGGAUGCCUGAACAGUUAUGCUUCAAGUCUUCCCACAAACACAGCCCCAGCUGGAUAUACUUGCCCCAACUGUAAGGUGAGUUUAUAAGUUGAAUAUCCCUGGGCACUAGAGUUUAUUCUUUGGUUUAUCAUGUAAACAUCAUGAGUAUGAGCAUUCACUAACAACAGUGAGUCUCAAUGAGCCAGUGAUUGAAGAAAAUGUUUUAAGACUACCGUCAGGCCGCCCUUUCUCAUACUCUUGCCAUCAGUUUACAGUCAAACCUCCCUUGAGCAAUUGUUAAUACUUAACAUCUUCAGUGUAGGGUGUAUUUUGUAUAGGUGAUCUCGUAUGAUCAGAGUUCAACAGUUACAUUGGGAGAUUUGACCACAGCAUUUUAAUUCUCUAGAUCAUUUUGUUUUCAUGUUAGUCCAGCGAGUUAAUCUCACUGUUUGAAGAAGAUAACAAAAAGAUAUAAACUUAAAUAGUUCAUAUUGCAUGUCACUUUUUCCACAUAUAAUUUGAUAAUUCCUAUUGUAAUAAGUUUAAUAUGGUUAUAUUUUUUAUUAUCUUUUCUUUAUCAGGCAGCAGUAUUUCCUCCUGAAAAUCAAGUCUCCCCUGUCGCUGAUCAGCUGAGGAAAGUGUUGUCUACUGCACCUUGGGCUCGGGUUGGACUUGGGCUUCCUGUGGUCAGUGUCUAAUGCAAACAUGCUCUAUGUGUUCUGAAUAGAGUUGCGAUGGGUCAUACAUUUACCUACAGUAGUCCAUGCAGUUAGAUUGGGAAGUUUAAACACCUUACAAUUUAUUUCUGAAAACAAGCUCUGGACUCAUAUUUUUCAAAAGGCCUUUUUGAUGGCCUUACCAUGUAUGUGAGAGCUUACAUGCAUUGUAGGAGGGAAUUUUUGUCAGCAGACAUUUAAAGUGCGCACAAGCUUCAUAGUGAAUGAUGGAUUCGUUAAAGACAUGGUGCAACUUUUAAGUCUGAAGUCAAAUUCCUACAAUGUGACCAUUUAAAUGAAACCUCUUUUACAGUCCUUUCACUUGUUACUUUCUCAAGUUCUUCAGCAUUAAUAAUUAUUACAAAGUGAAAUUUGGACAUUUUGUUUUACUCAAGUGAUUCCCAAAUACAGUUGGUGAUCAUGUUGUCAAAAUACAUUGUAAAGAAAUAAAUAAGGCAAAAGCUAUGCGUACAUAAAAUUAAUGGACAAAAGUCUUGGGUCAAAUUUGCUUUUGUGAGGCUUUAUUUCAAAUUACAGAUGCAUGCCCCCUCCCUCCACCCCACAAACAACAUUGGAUGCUUAUAUCCAGAAUGUUUUGAGAGUUUUGACAUUGUAUAGGGUGGGGGGAGGGAGAACUGACAGAUAUAGUUUGAAAAAGUUGCACUGUUUUAUGAGGGCUCCCAGACAACAAGAAAUUAUGAUUACACUGCAGCACUGUCCCAAGGACUUUUGCCAGGAUUGUAGCUUAAUACUUGCUUGAAGAUAAUGGUAAAUGUCUUGAAGAAAAUAAGCUUUGAAACAGAUUCAUUAUUACUGAUUCUUUUUUACACUUGAUCAGGUGCCGGCUGCUAAUACCAACAGUGCAACUGUAACAGAAAGCAGACUAACAAGACAUGAUGGUGAUAUUGGUAUGUACGGUUAGAUGGCACAUUGUACUUGAUAGCAUUUCUGCUGGCAAGUUUCUUGAUUUUUUUUUGCAUAUACAUGUUAUUGUGGGUGACCAGAGGACCCCCAGGGCUGGACAAACUUCAUUUCAAGACAGGGCUUUAAAAAAAAUACUGUAUUCCAACUCUGCCCUUAGACAAGCAGUAACUGUUGGGCAUUUUUGCAAUUUUUUUCUGUUUCACAAUCAGCAAAACAAGUUCCCAUAAAAGUAAUAAUUUACAUGUAAUCCCAAGAAUAAACUCCACAACGGUAAAAUCUUGAAAAUUAUUAUCUAAUUAAAUUUAUUUUGAUUUUGUUUUGCUUGCAUUAUUAGUCAACUCUCUCUUAAUGCACAGACACCUCUAUAAGACAUAGAGCCCCACAAAUGUAGAGUUGGUCCCUACCUUUCUUUACUCCCUUUAUUUGACUCUUUAUAGGACAGACAUUAGUCUUACAGCUGCAGGCAACACUUACAGCCAAGGAUGUAGAUAAUAGCCGGAAGCCGGGAAAAUUACCCGGCUGUGAACGCGAUUUUUCCGGCUGUAAAGCACUACUUAUUUCUCCAAAAUGUUUUUAAAUGUUGUCAGAAGAUUGUUAUUUACCGUAUUUAUUCGAAUAAGCGCCCAAUCUCGAAUUAGCGCCCACCUCGAAAAAGCACCCAUCCUAAAGGCAGAAAAAGUUAAUAAGCGCCCACCCCCUCCUCCUCCCAAUCAAACUCAAAUAAGCGCUCACCCCCACCCCACCCACUUGAGUGAAUAAAUUUUAAUAAGAGACUUCCCCGAGGACGGAGUUUUCUUCAGAGUAUUUUACAGAAACCUUGCUUUGUUACUAGUUUGUGUUUUGUUAUUAGCAUUUAAUGUUUUGUUGCAAAAUAAAUAUACCUCACCUGCUGAAAAUGGUGAAAAUUUAAUAAGCGCCCAGCCUCGAAUAAGCGCCCACCUCGAAUAAGCGCCCACUCUCAAGGUCCAAAAAUUUAAUCAGCGCCCAGGGUGGUUAAUCGAAUAAAUACGGUAUUUAUUUUGUUUGUUUACACAUUCAUUGCUGUCUUACCUGAACUGAAAGGAUUGUAAACACUCCAUUUAGUGCGAUGAUCGCAUUAUUUGCAUCGCAUCGUCCAUUUUGCAGGCUCAAUGGCCAGCGGUAUUUGUACUUCAUGUGUGCGAAAUAAUGAAUGCCAAAUUGCGUAUCUCUGACGGUUGAAAUAUUAUUGCUUUAUAAUGUCGGAAAAAAGAAAGAAAGAUGAUUCUGAGGCCGUUGGUAUCAUGAAAUUUUUUAUUAACAGUCAACACUCCAGUUCAUCGUAACUUUAUUGCCUGUUACCUGAUAAAAGUCUGUCCUGAAUGCCCUUGAUUUUGCCCCCAAAACCAAGAAAAUGCAUCUCCCAGAGUAUGCAUUUUCAAAAUUUCCCGUGGGGGCAUGCUCCCGUACCCCCCUAGCCUUUGGCACUCUAGAGUGGGCCUUCGGCUCAAAUACUCGCCUAUCAUUGCUAGAUUCGCGCCUGUUCAAAACUUUACCUACAUCCCCGUACAGCCUGUCCAAAAGGUAUCCUUCUUAGAGAGAGUUAACUAUAUUUAGUCUCAAAUAAACCCAACAAUUUUGAAUGCAAUGUAAUUCAAGGUACCUUCAUAAAAUUCAAGGCACCUUCAUUAGCUCAGACCUUUUGAGAUCCUUGCAGUUUCUCUGAGAGUACAGCCUGUGAUUGCAUCUUUGGUGCACAGAGUUUGCUAAUCUUCUUACAACAUUUUUAUUUGAAUGUUUUUUCUCUAUCCAGUUUCUCAUGGGGCAGACAUCACUGGUGGACACACAAACAAUGCCCUUAGUACUGGCUCACACCCAGUCACACUUGGAAGUCAAUCAUCGCCUUAUGCUACACCUGUUAGUACUAAAACAGAGCUUAGAGCAACCAGAGAUCACCAUGUGGUGGAUGUACAUCAACAGAAUACUGUGGUACCACCCCCACAGCAGGCUCAUGCUCGCAAUGAAAAACCAAGUAAGCUAAAUUAAUAUCCUUUACACUUAAUGCACAUUUAUACGAUGAGGCUGCAGCCAGCUGUUUGUUGUGGUAUAAGUUUUAGUAGACAUCUUUAGCUUGUAUGUUUUGUUUUCCCAAAGUAGGUCAUGUGAUGUUACUCUAGAGAACUGUUUCAUUCAAAUUUAGUGCUUAAUUCUGUAAGCAUAAAUUAUGAAAAGACAGAGCGGUAACUUAAUUGGAAAAAAAGCAUACAAGCUAUCUACACUGUACAUAUGUAUAGUGGACCAUGUGCAGCUUGCACUAUGUCUGAGUGGGUUACGUUAUGCUACUCUUUGUCUUCCUUAUGUUUAUAAUCAAACUUACAUGUAGAUUGUGGUCGAUAUUUGUAACUCUGUUCAAAACAAGUACUUGCUCAAUGGCAGCAAUUCUCUCACCUGUCCUCCUGUGAAUAGUAUGAUUAUUACACUUGGUCUCCCAGCAUAACAGGCAUUGUCUUGUAGCUCAGUGUGGUGAUGGGAUUUUUUUUUCCUUUCCUUUUUUUUGUGUUCGGCUGGGUCUUCCACUUUUCUUCUUGACUCUUAAUUUGUCGUGCCAGUUUAUAUAUAUGUAUGGACCCCACAUGUGAUCAGUAAUAAUACUCCACUGACCCCCACCCCCUCCCCUAAGUUGAUCCAUGACAACCAAAUUUCUGUUCUUGUAGGCACUGUUUCAAGAAAAAUAUUCAACACUCGGGACAGCACAGUAGACAGCAUUCCUUAUGAUCAUGACGAGAAUAAGUAUCAAAGACGAGGAGCCAUAGACUGGUUUACAAGGUGGUUCUGGUGAGUUUUAAAUCCAUCAUGAUUACAAGUUAUUGCAGCCAACCAUUUAAUGUCAGCACGAUCUAGUGUUCUUACACGUUCGUAUUUUGAGCGAGUUUUUUAGCUCCUCGACGUAACGUGUCAAAAUAAAUGAUUGAUUGAUUGAUGGAAGUAGUUUGCCUUCAAGUGUCCUCUUUAAAAACACUAGAGAAGGUACAAGCUUUGAAUGCACUGAUUUUUGGGAUCAUGUGUGUGUAGUGAUGAUCUGUCGUUGGUAUUCAAGAAAACCAUUAACUAGUCAUAAGUAACGCUUCGGUCCACCUAAACGAUCCCAGAAAAUCGGUGGACCAAAAUCAUGUACCCAUUACCCUAAAAGUUUCUGGAUUGGGGAAUACAUCUUACAGGCACUUAUAUUUCGUUCCUAUGAUCUAAGUUUCUUCAAAGUAUGUAAACUUAUGCUGGUUAUCUGUGCACAGGCUCUUUGAAUAAAAUUGUAAGAUAUUUUAUAGUCGGGCCUACAAUUGUAGAUGAAAAGUAGAUACCUUGCAAUGCUUUUCCUUGUAGAUUUUUGUUGUAUAGUUAAAACUAUUUCAAUCAUAAUGUAAUACUGGCCAAAGGGAACAGGUCGCGAAAAGUGCUGAAAAAAAUAGUUUUGUGCAAACGUUCUGCUGAAGAGAUGUCAUUUGAAUGGUAACACCACUGGAUUUCGUUAACAGAUAUUAAAUGAGUUUGGGUGAGAAAUAAUCUUGCCAUUGAUUCGUCUAGUAGUGACAAGGUUCAUCGGAGUCGUUUGUUUUAAGAGCAGGAAUUUGUCAUGUUCAUUUGAUUCUAAUUAAAUCAUUUUACUUCUUUAUUUUUCUAUUUUCAGGUCUCGGAGAACUCGAAAGCCGGGUCCGGAGGAUCCAAAUGCGUCAUUAAAGCGUACCACCAUUAUAUUAAUCAUCCUUAUCCUCGGUUUCACCACUCUUGUGGUACUGUUCACACGAGUUGGGCGCGGAAUAGCUGAUAAAGACCCAUUUCUCGACCCUAUGGCGAAUCCCAACAUAAGAGUCGGAGACGCCAAUAUUAAAAGCGCAUAAAGCUCUUGUAUUUUACAAUGAAAUUUCCAGGCCCCAGUUAUUUUUAAGCUGGAUAGCGCUAUCCACCGGAUAAAUCACUAUUCAGUGGAUAUGUGUAUUAGGGAGCAAAAGUAUUAUUCACUGGAGAGAGAUUUAUCUGAUGGAUAGCGUUCUUCACCUUUUGAGCAACUGGAGCUAUGCAGAUACACAUGAAAAGUUCAAGUAUAAAAUAAAGAGCACGCAUCUUUGACUUUGUGGUGAGCCAGUAGACGGUGGCAUAUUUUUGUCGGUUUACUGAGGAUUGCGUGUUAGAAUUUUAUCUGGUGAAAGAGUAGCGAGACUGGAAUUGCGCGUAAUCUUUUCUGUCUCAAAUCCGGCCAAUAAUGGAAAAAAUGAAAGUACUUUAUAAAUAGGUUUAAUUUGAAUGGUCGGCACACUCUGGAUUUUUAUGUACAGACUUAAAAGUUAAAACUACGUUAUUUUCCCCCUGUG